CAAAGACAUGGAGCUGAGGCAAGUCCAGAGAAACAUGACUCAGUGGAAGGAACAGACCACCGCUCGUCUGGCCUGCAAGUUUGAGGAGGAGUUGACAGCUGAACUGGAAAGAAAGACAUCAACAAAUGAAGAGGAAGCGCUGAGGUCAGAGGGUCAGAGAAAGCUGAGCGCAAAGCAUCGUGACCGCUUGACCUACGUUUACGCCGCCGCCCCGCGGAGCCCCUCCGACGUGGCCUCGUUGAAACUCGUGCAUUACUUGCAGAGCAGAGUCAAGCAACUCCGUGUGGAGAACCAGAAAUGGAUGGCAACAGGACCUAGCCUUCCUACACUCAGCUAUCAAGAGAGCGAGAAAGCGUGAUUCUCUCCACCAUCAGGCCAACGCCGAGUUAAGAGUUACAGCCUUAAGAGUGUUAAUUGGGUAGCAGAGAGGAGGGGACUCGAGUCAAAGGACUUGACUCGACUCGAGUUGCCAGUUUUAUGACUUGCGACUUGCUUGCCAGUCACUUCAGAAAGACUUGACUUGACUUUAGACUUGGUAGCCGAGAGACUUGACUUGACUUUGACUUGAACGACGUGACUUGACAAGUCAUCUCGUUUGGAGUAGGAAAUAUGCAUUUUAAUUGAGACAGUUUGUGCGUGCCAACCUGGCAACACAGUGUGACGUAGCCACCUGCAUGAGCAACGGUGGAUGGAGCUCGAAAGAUAAUACAAUUUGGAUAUAAGGAUUAUGUUGUCGGUGAAAUCUGCAAAAAGAGGACGCAACCUGCAUG